GCCGGCGUGAAUGUAGCCUAUAUUUGUUAGAUUGUCCCGCCAUGUUCUGAGAGGUUCAUUCAUAGUGUGGUGAUGAGGUACCUCAGAUGUGUGACAUCCUGGGUCCUUCUUCAUAUCGCUGCGGUCAUUGGCUAUUCUGAUCUUAGAAACGACAAGUGCGUGGCUCCCUCCAUGGCUGUGAACCUGCCACCGUCAAGGACUGUGUGGUCUGGGCGUGUAGACAUCACCAUGGAGUGUGACCAAGGUUACGACCUCGCACUUAACUCCCCGCCCGGGGCGAGGUUCAUGUGUUUCCCCAACGGCAGCGACUGGAUACCCGACUACAUACCGGACUGUAACACGAAAGCAUUUCCUCACAAAAUUAUCCUGGUGACCACAAUCAUUUUGGGUAAAAACUGCCCCACUAUCCCGGACAUCUCUAUGCAUAACUCUGAGAAUUUGAAGGUUGGACCUGACAAAAUAAUUGACAUUAGCAAGAUCUGUGGCCUGAGCAAGAAUUUUGUCACAUGUGAUAUCCAUAGUGUAUCUAAAGAGUGUGGCAAGGCGCCCAACAAGCCAGAGAAUUAUAUUCGCAUACAGAUCAUCGACUCCUUCACAAAAGACCUGACCUGGACUCAAUACAAGUCUGAUGCAGAAGAACUGAGCAAGCAUCUUGUUGACCAGCUUUCUGAGGUCACCGGAAGUUCAGAGUUCAACACGGCUUUAACCGCAAGUUGUAAAGCCGGCUCGCUUGCUGUGCUUGCUGCCGGGAAGGAGAUCGUCUGCCAGGGCUGUUCCCUGGGCCACUACCUUGUACCCGAGCAGAAGAAAUGCCUGCCGUGUAAGCCCGGCUACUACGCCGACACCCCCCUGCGAACCAACUGCACCCUCUGCCCGGGCCUGGUGGGCGUGAAAGAUGACGUCAUCUGGGCCAACGUCAGCCGGAUGCCGGACCGAGGCUACAGCCUGACCCUGUGCCCGUAUGUGAAGAACGUCCACGGUCAGGCCACCGUCAUCAACCCCAUGGAGCAGCCGGAGGCCAAACUACAACUCUCCUCCUCCCAGGAUAAUAAUCAAGCCCAGACCAAACUACACAAUAUCAAGAAGGCGGAGGCCAUGAAGUCCCUACCCCCAAGCCCAGUAGAGGCGUGCUACCUGUCAUCAGACUCCACUGACUCCAAGGACAGAACGUCCAUAGAUGACCAGAGGAGUCAGGCAAUCCAAGCCAUCACGCUGGGGAUGGAAGCUGGGGAAACUUUUACAAUCAAUCACAUAGUCGACUAGUCUAGAUCAAUCAAUAAACAAAUGGAGAUUCUUCCUU